GCUUGCGCUGGAUCGGCGUGGGUUUUGGUUGGGAAGCUCCCGGGGAUCGAAGGAUCGCUCUUUCCGGGCCACUGGGUCCGGGAUCGCGGCUUACCUUUGCAGCAGCCAUCUGGACUCCGUUACCCUGGUUUUUUUCCCCCCUUUCUCUGCUGGAAAAGGACAUCAUGGUUCAACUAGGACGCCCCCUGCUGAAGAAGUACCGCAGUGUCCGGGUGGUCAUCCGGCUAUCCCUCGGCGGUUGCACCAACCGGCCUUUCUACCGGAUCGUAGCCGCGCACAACCGGCGCGCCCGGGACGGCAAGUAUCUGGAGCAGAUCGGCUGCUACGACCCUCUGCCCAACCGCUACGGCGAGAAGAUCGUGGGGAUCAACUUCGACCGCUUCAAACACUGGUUUGCUUACGGAGCCACCUUGACCAAGCCGGUGGAAAAACUGAUGGGUCUUUCUGGCUUUUUCCCCCUGCAUCCGAUGUCCAUCACAAACGCUGAGCGGUUAAGGAAGAAAAAAGCCCAGGAGGCAGAAAAAGCAGCUGAAAAAGGAGGAGGAGGAGAAGAAGAUUUGGAAGAAAAGCAGGAACAUCAGCAAAACUGAUCAAUGGAGCGAGAGAAAAAAAAACCUCACAGCCCGUUGGAGACUGAAAGGAUAAUGUUGAUUUUAUUUUAUUUUUUCCUUUUUUUAACCGCACGGCAUUGUGACGUGCCACUACGAAACCUCGCCCCGAAUUCAAAAGAGGCGCGUGCAUCAAACAGCCUGCCUAGGAGUGCGCAGGGCAGGGUCUGCGCAAUCUGGAACUCGGGGCUUCCUAGCCUAGUUCACGCGGUUCAAUCCCAAAUUCAAACGAAAACCCGCUGAGGUUUGGGUUCGAACGCCAGGAGACGGUUCCAAGCCGCGGGGACGGGCUUUGGCAGUUUUAGCUGAUUUAUAAAUAA